AUGGAAAAGGACCGUAAAGUUUUGAGUCUGGAUCGCAUUCAGGGCUCUUUCGACUCAAUCUCUCCUUCGAAUAAUCGGAAUCAUGGAAAUAUAUUACUGGAGACUUCAAGUCGGUGUACUACUCUACGACAUGGUACCAACACUUCGUCAUCCAAUGGAUAUGUAGCAGGUACAUUACCAUUACCGGAUAAUUUUUUUCCUGUGCCACAAUUGAAUGCCAAGGAGAAAAAACAUUUUCUAGGACUUGCAAAACAUGCUUGUAAAGAGGUCAUUUAUUACUCAAGACAGGAUGAUGGACCCAUGAAAUGGAUUCAAUUGUCAUCACAUGCUGGAGUCAAUGUAUUUCAAGGUGUGUAUGAUUCUGGAAGUACCAAUACUCAAGAUACAAAAUCACUGACGUACCUUCGAGGAGCGUGUAAAAUUCGCGCAACGAUUGAUGAAGUUUCGGAUUUUUUCAAGCUUGAUACGCCUGAGAAAUUGUCUGGAUACGCAAAAACAGUUGGCAAGGACUUGCUCGAUCAAAGGACAUUAUUGACACUUGCUACACCUACACCGGAAAAUCCAAAACACUAUGUAGCUAUCAAGUGGUCAGCAGUUGAAUCGCCGAGUAAAGUUGCACGGAACCGUGAUUUCUGCUACAUUGAGUGUCACGACGAGUUCAUUGACUCCAACACCAAACGACGUGGGUGGGUGAAAAGUAUUCACUCGAUUCGACUACCGUUUUGUCCACCGCUUCAUCGAAGCCAUGGACUUGUACGUGGCAGCUUUUAUCGUUCAGGAUAUAUUUUCACUGAAUCGGCGGACAAAGGGUGCGUGGAUGCAGUGCAUACGCUGCAUUUGGAUAUUAAGGGCAAUGCGCCAGAUUGGUUGAAGAUUUUGGUCAUGAAGCGCCGUAUUAGAAACAUUGCGGAAGUGGAUCGAUACUUCCAGUUGCAGCGAUUAGCACAAGAAAAACUGCUCGGAGACUUGGAACUGCCAAAGAAGGAGAAAGCAACACGGUGCCAGAUCUGUGAUACGCGUUUUGGUUUUUUUCAUCGUAGACGAAUUUGUCGUAAGUGUGGCAAGGUAGUUUGUACACCGUGUGGGAACGAAUUUUUGCUGGAUUACGCUGGAUUGGGACUCAAAAAGGCGCAGGUUUGCAUGAGGUGUUCAGAAUCUGUGGGGUACGAAACAAUUGUACCAAUGAUGAAUGAUGCAAAUUACAUCGUUUCGGACGAACAAAUAGACGCCACAAAAUUUGAAAGCAUUGACACCAGCCCUCGAUUCGACGGUUCAAUGGUUAUGCUUGAAAAUCGAUAUACUUCCGCUGACGAACACGAAUAUUACGUGGAGAACGAAGACGAGAAUGAAAUUGCUGACGUGGAUGAGGCGAACCAAAUGGAUAAAGAGUUUGAGGAGACGCUGAAGAAGACGAGUGAUAAAGAAUGUGAACCAGUAGCUCAGCAAAAGGAAUUUAACACUUCACCUAGGUCUCUUGUAUGUGUCAUAGGUGUAUCACGUGAAACGAUGACAGCUAAACUGUCCUCGGGUGAAACAAGUGAGGUGUCUUCGUUGAAACACUGGUGCCAAAAAGGAGUUCAGGAUGACAAUAAUGGCACGGACAAUGAAUUGGGCUUGCCACUCGGCAAGACUGAGCAGAUACUGCAUCAAAUUCAUGAUGAAGAUCAAAAAUACAGUAAGCAGACGCAGAAACUCCAUCGACACGCCACAGAUACGGAAUCACAGGCCUCUAUCACAGACUCCUCAGGACCAACAGACUCAGAUUUGGGUCUGGAAUAUUACGGUAAGGAUGCAGUUGGGAUUGCGGGACCUGAUGCAACGACCAACUUCCUCUCCAAUGGGUCUGAUCGAUGUUCCAGGAGUGAAAGGACUAGGUCAAAGCCAGCCCGAUCUCGACCCGAAUGCGGUAAUGAGACUCGACAUUACAAUGAUGGUAGCCCCCGCGACCACGUCGAGACUGCACCCCGUUGUACGAAUCGUAGAUACCAGGAAGGACAAGACCGUGAAGAACUUCAGAGAUGCACUCAACAACACGUUGGUCUAGAGGAUGCUCAAGCAACGCUAGUAAAUGGAUGUCAGCAGCGUCCGUGCGGAUCUAGAAGGAGCGACAGCAUUGAGCAAGAGUACCAGAUGGCGACAAGGUUCUUGGGAUCGGACCCUCCUAUCCGACACGCGUUGCUGGAGUCCAAAGUUGAAGACCCUUGCACAUCGCUGUUAGAUUCUCUCUUUGUUGAAACCUCCACAACUCGCCAAGGACAUCAGAGCGGCGACUUGGACGAUCAGGAUGACGAAGCUUUUCGUUUGGCCAUGUUAGCCAUGCGGUUAUAUGAAGAAGAACGCGGCCCCAGCUUGCAAGUCCCAGAAAAAACGCGACAAGUUGCCCUGACCAAAAUGAUGGAGGUGUAUGCGCGUGAAAUCGAGAGUAGCCACAGCAACCAUACCGUGCCAUAUAGAGGCACAAUUUCUGAUACUCGUCGACUGCACUAUGGCGUAGCAAUUCAGCCACUGUUGCGGCAAACGCAUAGUGAUGAUCGUCCACCGUCGUAUUAUGGUUCGCCUCUAUCAGUAUUCAGCCAUGAUAAAAUGGUUUUUGCCUCACAUCAAAGCCAUCGACGUGCGCUACCUUCAGAACGCAAUCGAGGUGUUCAUCGCAGAACAUCUCGUGAGAAUACGCACGUUCCGAUUUUACCAGCAAAGCAGACGAUAAGCGAGGAAGUGCAUGAGUACAGAGAUCUAUCAGAUCUCACUUCAAGUGCUUUUCAGGCCUUCCACACGAACUCUCUGGAAUUGAAAGAUGCUUUGAUGUUGCCGGUCGAUGCGAUGGAAAGUUUCCAGAGUUCAGCCUGUGACAGUAAUGGAUUCCAGCAGGAUGAAGAUCAUUUUCAGUCAGCUUCUGUGCCGUUUCAGCGGAGUUCUACUUGUGGCACCACACAUGUGCAGGUGAAGGCUGACAUGUCUGAGAAUCUUUUAGGAGCAGCUUGUACAGCUUAUGGCAGUAAAGAGAAUCGCGAGGUGCCCAAGAUGAUGUGGCGCGCAAAUUCCAUGUACGGAGUGGCCGACUUGGACACCUUCAGUGACAUGGACCUCAUUGACCUUCCACACUUAAUGCGCAAUGACGAUGUUGAUAUUGCCGUAAGAAGCUCGCUUGCAGACCUCCAGCGAUGGACAAAAGAUGAUGCAUAUGAUACGGAUAACGAAGGCGUUAAGUACAUCCCAAAGCCUCGUUUAAGUGCUUUACUGUCGCCGUUACAUUUGGAGGGCGUACAACAUGUGGAUGAUGACUAUAGCGAAGGCCGAUCUUCCAACGCUUCUUCUCAAGUCAAUUGGCGUAGCUCAUUGCAAAAUAAGCAUCUAGACGAACUAGAAGGACAUGGAACGCACUUUCUGAGUCAUCGUUUAUCCCCACAGCGUCGGUAUAGCAAGCCUCCUUCUAUGAUGGAACUCUUAUCAGAGUACUGUGACAGCGAGCGCUCGUCUUUGCCGUCUUACCUUGAGUUUGGAGAAUCUCAACCGGAACUAGAGCCCGAGUACCUUGAAGCCAUUGAAAACGCCAACAACCAGAAAUCUGUCCCAGUGGAAGGAAGAAAGGCGUAG